UCACAACUACCCUGGGACAAUCUAUGGAACCAAUGCUCCAAUGCUAGCUCUUCCCCGCUCUCUCUUCUUUACUCGCACAUAUUCAUACAUCCAACUCUCCUCCCGAAGCUACCUAAAUCGGGCAUAUACCGUCUCCAAUAUGGCAGCAAAGAAGAAGGUCUCGUCGGCCAUGGCCCAAGCACACGACUUUAUCGACUUCCUGAAUGACUCUCCCACCCGUGAGUAUUGAUAUCCACAUCCACCAAAAGUGUUCUGGAUUAUCCACAGAAACUCACCCGACCUUAGCAUACCACGCCGUCGAGUCUGCCAUUACACGUCUUUCCGCCGCCGGAUUUCAAGAGAUCAAGGAACGCGAUGCCUGGGCCUCAACUCUGGUACCCGGUGGAAAGUACUACCUCACACGAAAUGGCUCCUCCAUUGUCGCAUUCGGAAUUGGAAAGAAGUGGAAGGCUGGGAAUCCAAUUGCUAUGAUUGGAGCACAUACCGAUUCUUGCACCCUGCGACUGAAGCCUAUGAGCAGGAAGAGUGGUGCCGGCUUUAUGCAGGUUGGCGUUGAAACCUAUGGUGGAGGAAUCUGGCAUACCUGGUUCGAUCGAGAUCUCAGUAUUGCUGGAAGGGCUAUGGUUAAGGAUGGCAAAGGAAACAUCGUGUCAAAACUAAUCAAGGUUGAUCGACCCAUCCUUCGAAUUCCAACGUUGGCCAUUCAUCUCCAUCGUUCAGACGAAUUCAAGCCUAAUAAGGAGACGGAAUUGUUCCCCAUCGUUGGUUUGAUUGCAGCCGAGUUGAACCGGACUGGUUCCAAAUCCGAAGAUGGAAGGGCGGCAAAGGAUUCUGAGGAAGACAAAUCGUUCCGGCCUUUGGAGGCUCUGUCUGAACGACACCACCCAUAUGUUGUUGAGCUCAUUGCCGAACACGCGGAGGUUAAGGUAGAAGAUGUUGUUGAUUUUGAAAUAGUUCUUUAUGAUACACAGAAAGCCUGUCUGGGUGGUCUCAACGAAGAGUUCAUUUUCUCGGGCCGAUUGGACAACUUGGGCAUGACAUAUUGUGCGGUCGAGGGCAUUAUCGAAUCCCUUUCAAACCCUGACGCGUUGAAUGAUGAGUCGGCCAUCAGGCUCAUUACUUGCUUUGACCACGAGGAAAUUGGAAGUACCUCUGCCCAAGGCGCUGCAUCCAAUUUUCUUCCAGCUGUCCUUCGUAGACUUGCUGUCCUUCCAGCUCACCAAGAUUCUGCAUCUGAUAAGUCAUACGAAAAGGUCUCGAGAGAUGGGGAGGUUGAUAUCUCUACCGCUUAUGAGCAGAGUCUUGCAACUUCUUUCCUUGUUUCUGCAGAUAUGGCACAUUCAAUUAAUCCCAAUUACACAGCAAAGUAUGAGGCAGAUCACCGACCCGAAAUGAACAAGGGAACUGUUCUCAAGAUUAAUGCAAACCAGAGAUAUGCUACAAAUUCUCCUGGUAUAGUUUUGAUUCAAGAGGUUCGUCAAUCUAGGGGCUGUCCGUUCUCUGUGUCGAGGUUGAGAAAAAGAGUUCAUACAUUUUUAAGGACUACACCCAUCACGGGUAUGCACGUUGACAACGCAUUGCUAACUAUCAUCCUUUUACAGGUUGCUCGCAGAGCCAAGCCAAGCAAAGAUUCUACAACUGCAAAUGGCGUUCCUCUACAACUCUUCGUUGUGCGUAAUGAUUCACCUUGUGGGAGCACCAUUGGUCCAAUGCUCUCUGCCGCUCUAGGUACAAGGACAUUGGAUCUCGGAAAUCCACAACUUUCUAUGCACAGCAUCAGAGAAGUCGGGGGCACAUACGAUGUUGAACACGGCAUCAGAUUGUUUGAAUCAUAUUUUGAACAUUUUUCGGAAUUAGAGUCUAAGAUUUUGGUCGACUAGUUAUCCUCCUCAGUCAUUGACUCUUCUGUUAAGAUAUGUGCCUUAGAGUCGAAUCCAAAUUCAAAUCCUUCCAAUCUAUCC